UUUCACGCAGAAAAAUUUCUUGCAUUAAUACAAAAAAAAAUCAAAAUAAACAAAAUUAAUUGAAAAUUUGCAUUCAAUUUACAUGCAGUAAAAUGAGAUACAAAAAACGUCUUUAAGAAAAUUAAAGCAAAAGUGACAUUAGUGUAAUAAUUUUGCCAUUUUCAUUGAACGAAUUUUUUUUGGGGGUGAAAAAGUAAAGAUAGAAAAUUUACAGAAAAAGUUUUAUGUUUUAAUUGGAUUUUCUGUAAAAAAGACUGUAAUUGAAGAAGAUAAUUAUAAUCGAGCUCGCUAAUAAUAAUCAAUGGUAAUCAAGUAAAGGCUAUUCUCUCAAAAGCAUCUUCAAAAUAACAGCAGCACCAGUAGCUACACAAUGUCAGCGCCUCAACAGUAUUCAUUGCGUUGGAACAACUACUUUCGCCAUUUAACUUAUGCCUUGGACAAUCAUCGGGUCAACGAUGAUUUCGUCGAUGUCAGCCUCUUGUGCGACGGUCGCAAAAUAAAGGCCCAUAAAGUUGUUUUAUCCGCUUGCAGUUCAUAUUUUAAGGAGAUAUUUACCGAAAAUCCCCAUCCGCAUCCCGUCAUUAUAUUUAAAUUCAUUAAAUAUGAAGAUCUCAAUUCGAUCAUAGAGUUUAUGUAUCAGGGUGAAGUUAAUGUACAACAAGAGGCUCUGCAAUCAUUUUUACAAACUGCUGAACUGCUGGCAGUUCAGGGUCUAACUGCCGAAGAAAAGGAAAAACCAAAGCCUCCAGUUCCUCUUAUCGAAGAACAGAAAUUAAUGAAAUCUAUACCCAGUACUAUACGGGCUGUAAAUGAUGCCACAACAGCUACGCAAACCAUUGAUAUUCCCCUGCUUCAUACCACCAACACACAACAAAUACAAAUUCCGCAGCUACAGACGCAAACUCAGACAACAUCAGUUCCUCAGCAACAACAGCAGCAUCAUCAUGUUCAAACACAAAUCCAGCAUAUACAAGUCCAUCAAAAUACUUCUCCCACAACAACUCAUCAAGUGAAUACUGUUCAGCAUCAUUCACAGCAUCAGCAACAAUUACAGGUUCAGCAUCAAGUUCAGCAUCAACAGCAGCAAUCAUCGCAAACCCAGCAAGUUCAAGUGAAUACCCAACCAACACAACUGAGUGCAAAUAUUGUUACACUGCCGGCCACAACAGGCAAUUCAAUGAAAAAGCGUAAAAUAACAUUUUCCGAUGAUGAUGACAAUAUUUACACUACCGAAACGGUGGACGAACAAACUAUCGUAAAGACUGCAGACAUGACACUUUUAAGAGGAACGAUUAAGAUGGAUAUACCCGAAUAUAUAGUAAGUGAAGUUGAUGAUCGGCUGUCGGAUGCUGGUGAACCACCGGGAAAUAAUCAAGAUUCGGCAAAUAGUGGUCAGAACGUUAACCAAUAUCCAUCAGAAUACGAGAUAUUAACAGAAUCUGAAAUUGAGGACAAAUUCCAUCAAGGAGAUAAUUCCGAAAUGACACUGGAAAUGGGCCGCUUAUUAAAUCCAACCACCACAUCAACGAGUACUUCACAAAAUGCAUUAGAUGAUACGACAACCUCCAGUUCGAAUGUAUUGACAACAAUUAAAACCGAGAAUAAAGUCAGUUCAACAGAUUUACCCAAUAACAAAUGGACAGAAUGUCAGUUUUGCAAAAUGGUUAUAACAACAGUUAAUCUUUGGAGACAUAUUCGUACCCAGCAUACACCUCAGCCACCGCGUAAAUGUGAAUUGUGUAAUAAAAAUUUCAAAAACAAAUACAGUCUACGCGAGCACAUACGCAUUUCACACGAACAAAAGUUGGCCCUUAAGACGGAAAACUGAUCAAUAGUUAAAGAGUGUAAAUAUUUCAUCCUAAGAAGCUAGUCGCCAUAUAUGAUCAUAAACAAUUAAACAGAAAUCUAUUCUCUCUAUUAUUCACAAAAGGAUAAAAACAAAUAAACAACUAAUAUUUCCACAAAAAGAAAAAUAAUUUGAUCAUACAAAUAAAUAUAUUUAAUAACUAUACUUAUUAGAAUUUCGAAAAUUAGAGAAUAAUAAUAAUAUUAAUAAAAUAACUCAAUCAAGUGUUAUGUUCAAACAUA